AUGGUGAAGGUCAAGAUCCUCCACCGUCAUGAUAUCUCGCCGCCCGUGAACUCGGUCUCGGAAACCGUUCUCCCUCUCACCUUCUUCGACAUCCCAUGGCUUCUCUGCUGCCCCAUACAACGCCUCUUCUUCUAUGACUUCCCUGAAUCCCCUCCCUCCUUCGCUCAGACCACGCUUCCGCUCCUCGUCCACUCUCUCUCCCUCUGUCUCCGCCGCUUCUUCCCCUUCGCUGGCAGCCUUGUCCUCCCUCUGGCACCGCCCCAGAAGCCUUACAUCCUCUACUCCGAAGGCGACUCCCUCUCCUUGACCGUUGCCGAGUCCACCGCCGACUUCGCCCAGCUCGUCUGCGAUGAGGUGUGCGACGCAACGCUAAUACACCCUCUGGUGCCUCAGCUCCCGCCACCAUGUGAGUCUGACGGCGCACGCUUGUGGCCACUUAUGGCGAUUCAGGUUACUUUGUUCCCAAACAAGGGCAUUUGCAUUGGGGUCAAUUUCCUCCAUGUGGCAGCAGAUGGCAGGUCCUUCAAUCACUUCAUGAAAUCGUGGGCAUCCAUUCACAGGUCUGGAGGGGACCCCACUUGCGCUAACUCGGAUGACUUGAGUCCUUUCCACGACCGAGGAGUGAUCAAAGACCUGAAUGGGCUAGAACCCAUAUUUUUGAAAGAUUGGUGGAGUUGUGUGGGCCCGAGCCUAAGCCCAAGCCCAACUCUUCUCACUGUUGCAGACAAGGUGAGAGCAACGUUUGUCUUUAAAAAGGCUCACAUUGACGGGCUAAAAGCGCAAGUCUUGAGCCAACUCAAGAACGACGAUAUCGACUCAGAGUCGGAUCCAAUCCACUUGUCAACAUUCGUGGUGAUGUGUGCAUUUGUAUGGAUAUGCAUCAUCAAAUCAAAAGAGGAAGAACAACAACGUUGUGAUCACUCGUCAUCAGAGAGAGGCAAAGACGAACUUUAUUAUUUUGCAUUUCUUGCAGAUUGUAGGGACCAACUCGAAUAUUCGAUACCCUUAACAUACUUUGGGAACUGUCUGGUUCCAUGUUUUAUCUCGAAAAAGAGAAGUACGGUCUUGGGAAAAAGUGGAAUUUUGCAUGCCGCAAGGGCUAUAGGGAUAAGAGUCAAGGAAAUAAGGACGGGUGGAGCAUUGAGAGUGAUGGACGGAUGGAUAAGGAACUUUAAUAUAGCUAAGAGCAGGGACUUACUAACAGUGGCCGGGUCGCCAAGACUCAAGGUAUACGAAACGGAUUUCGGGUGGGGAAGACCAAGGAAGAGCCACGUGGUGCACAUUGAUGCAUCGGGGGCGUUCUCUCUCGCAGAGAGUAGGGAUGAGGAUGGUGGUGUGGAGGUCGGGUUGGCAUUGACUAGCGUUUGCAUGAAUAAGUUCAUUUAUUUGUUUGAAAAGGGAUUGAACUAAUUUACGUUGCUUUAGUAUAUGUUUGGUCCAUAU